UAACCUGUCAUUUCGCCGAAAGGGUGAGAGAAACUGGUCCAGCAUCUCCGGAUCGGAGAGAAGACGUGGGAAGCGUAAAAAAUGCAAUGAAAUUAUGGUUUUUACGACUAUGUGUUCGCGAUGUGCUUUCAAGUGCAAUGAAGGAAGGGUCUCGCCGCUGUGAGGAUUAUAACGUCUUCGCCGACCGUCGACGUGAAAUGCCGUUUGAGGUUCGCAGUUGGUCUUAACGCAGCCGAAUACAACAUGAAGAAACAAUUCAAUCGAAUGCGACAGCUCGCUAACCAAACAGUGGGCAGGGCAGAGAAGACUGAAGUAUUAUCUGAAGAUCUUCUACAGGUGGAGAAACGUUUGGAACUUGUCAAGCAAGUCACGCACAGCACUCACAAGAAGUUAACGGCAUGUCUGCAAGGUCAACAAGGAGUGGACGUUGACAAAAGAUCGGUUCGCUCUCCCUCGAAGAAGCUGCCCUUGACCGCACUAGCUCAGUGUUUAGUGGAUGGGGCCACAAUCCUUGGAGAUGAUUCACUGCUGGGGAAAAUGCUCAAGCUAUGUGGUGAGACGGAGGACAGACUCGCUCAAGAGCUCAUCCUGUUUGAACUGCAGAUAGAAAGAGAUGUUAUCGAACCUCUUAGUGUUUUAGCCGAGGUGGACAUACCUAAUAUUCAGAAACAAAGGAAGCAUUUAGCAAAGCUUGUUCUGGAUAUGGACUCAGCAAGGACAAGGUGGCAACAGUCCUCCAAGUCAUCAGGCAUGUCCAGUAACAUUCAACCGUCUGGUGCCAAAGCGGAUGCUCUCAGGGAAGAAAUGGAGGAAGCAGAAAACCGUAUGGAGAUCUGUAGGGAUCAACUGUCAGCAGAUAUGUACAGUUUUGUAGCCAAAGAAAUUGAUUAUGCAAACUACUUCCAGACAUUAAUAGAGGUGCAGGCUGAGUAUCAUAGGAAAUCACUAUUACUUCUACAGAGUGUCUUGCCUCAGAUUAAAGCCCAGCAGGAGGCCUGGAUUGAGAAGCCUUCUUACGGUAAACCCUUAGAAGAGCACCUUGCCAUCAGUGGCCGAGAAAUUGCCUUCCCCAUUGAGGCCUGUGUCACCAUGAUGCUAGAAUGUGGCCUACAAGAGGAGGGACUCUUCAGAGUUGCUCCCUCUGCAUCCAAGCUGAAGAAACUAAAAGCUUCUCUUGACUGUGGUGUGCUGGAUGUUCAGGAGUAUUCGGUAGAUCCACAUGCCAUUGCAGGAGCCCUUAAAUCCUAUUUGAGAGAGCUGCCAGAACCACUGAUGACAUUUGAACUUUAUGAGGAGUGGAUCCAGGCUUCCAAUAUUCAAGACCAAGACAAGAGGUUGCAGGCCCUACUAGCUACAUGUGAGAAGCUCCCCAAAGCCAAUUAUAACAAUUUCAGAUACUUAAUAAAAUUCCUGGCCAGGCUGGCAGAAUAUCAAGAUACAAAUAAAAUGACACCAGGUAAUAUUGCAAUAGUACUGGGACCCAAUCUUCUCUGGAGUUGUGCAGAGGGGAACAUUACAGAAAUGAUGACUACAGUCUCCCUUCAGAUUGUUGGCAUAAUUGAGCCCAUAAUCCUGCAUGCGGAUUGGUUUUUUCCUGGAGAUAUUGAGUUCAAUGUUACGGGAAAUUAUGGCAGCCCAGUUCACACCAACCAUAAUGCCAACUACAGUUCAAUGCCAUCCCCGGAUAUGGACCAUUCCGACCGCAAGCAACAUGACCAAGCAAGACGGCCUCUUAGCGUGGCCACGGACAAUAUGAUGCUGGAGUUCUACAAGAAGGACGGCCUUAGGAAGAUCCAAAGCAUGGGAGUCAGGGUGAUGGACACAUCUUGGGUGUCCCGCAGGGGGUCCUCCUUAGUUCGCAAGACGUCCUCUACGCCCCCGAGUGUCCAGCCCCCUGCUCCACCCACAGAUCCAGCUUCUCUGUCUCAAUCUUUCAUCCCUGAGCAACCCUCUCCUUCCCCUACACCUCCUCCUAAUGGUGGCAGCGAUCGGGCCAGCACAGACGAUGUGUCUUCCAAUUGGUCGGAUUCCUGUUACGUCUAUCCUUCCCCUGAGGAUGACAGGCCCCCCCCUCCGUACCCAACCUGCUAUCCCCCUCCUCACCAUUUCCACCUCACGAGGGCCCAGCCAUUGGCGCGUCCUGCAGCUCCCACUCCUGAAGCCGCGAGCCAGGCAUCUCCUCCACCCCGGUGGACUGGCUACGGCCCUGCCUUCUCUCUUCCCUCCUCUUCUUCACUCUCCUCUCCUUCUUCCACCACCUCUCUGCCUUUAGCCUCUCAGCUUGACAUCAACUCCAACCCCAAGCCCUGCUUCCUGCACCUGCCCAAACAGAGCUCUCUUACUGACGCACCCCUGCAUGCUGUUCCCGAAGCUAAUGCGUCACCCCUCUACAUCAGAACCCCCCUUGUGCUCCCAAAACACGACCUCUCCACCUUCACCACCUCUGCUAACCUCCCCAUGUCAGCCUCCCCUCCAUGGGUCAGCUGUGCCUGUACCAGAGACAGAGGAGCCAGGCUGACUAGCACUUUGAAAAGCAAAGAACUGUCUCCUGUUAUUGGACAGAAGAGUCAGGUCUCAAAUGUCAUGACCACGUCAGGCAGCAGCCAGCAGUGCCCUUUGACUGGGCAGCUGUCCACUGAUCAGAGCCCUCACUCUCUCAGGAAAGUGACAAAGAAACUUGCUCCUAUCCCCCCUAAAGUGACUUUUGUACAACCAGGGGGCGUAUCUGACCAGUCUACAGGUCAGCCUUCCCCAGUCAGCCUGUCUCCGACACCUCCCAGCACCCCAUCCCCAUAUGGACUGAGUUAUUCCCAAGCGUACACGCUACCAUCUGGCCAAGUGUCGCCAGCAGUUCCCCAGUCCUUGUCAUCUCCACCCUCUCUCACUGGCACCCUCUCCAAGUCUCGGCCAACUCCCAAGCCACGACAAAGACCUUCUCUUCCCCCACCACAGCCUCCUAGUGCUCAAGGGGGCUCAGGAUCCAGCCCACAGUCUCUUGACACCAUGAUGGAUGGCAUGUCUCCAGGUGAAAGCAUGUCUACUGAUCCCCUCAACCUUGAUAUUCCUACUAUCCACAUAGACUUUGACAUUGUUCUUCCUGAGCCUUUGGAUCCAUCCCAGCAGAAGUCCGCAGCAGGCUUGAUGGGAAAAAUGGACUCGGAAGAGGAGUCAGAAAGCACUGCCCUAUGACACAGGGACCCCUAUGCUGUACAUACUCUGUAUCCUACAAAUUACCACUACUGAGCGCCCUGCUAUGAAGAGGCUAGGAUCGUGGAAGAAAUGCAUUCCCAAACGUGGGCUGCUUCUGAAGGCAACAAAGGAAUUGGGAAGGAGCGACUUGUCUAGAAAAGGGAACUAAAAUGGACACUUUAAGGAGAACUUGGAACACUAAACUGUACACCGUAUUACAUUUUGAUCAUGGCAUGUUUUUAUUUAUUUAUUUUUCUUUUUUUUUUUGUUUUUUUAACUUAACCAAGUCAAUGCAGCUUUGCCUUUAUGCUUAUUAUGGUUUGUUAAAAUUAUUUUGUUAUAUUCUUCUGCUGUGGUGCCUAUCAACUAUAAUGGUACCCAACGUAAAUCCUAAUCUUGGCCUGUUACAAGAGUUUCAGUAAACCUCUAUCCACACUUCCAAGGUUGAGCACCAUAAAGAAGCAAUACUUAUUUUUG